AUGGACCCAAAAUUCGCCGGAAAGCCUGCACCGACGGGCCCGUACGUUCUGGGAAGGGCGGAUUUGGACCAGAUGCCCGACACGCCGACCCGGCGGGCCCACCACCGCCGGGCCCAGUCCGAGACCUUCUUCCGCUUUCCCGACCUUGAAGACAUGCUCCUCGACGGAGUCCUGGCCGACUUGAACCUCGACUUCUCCGAGGCCGCCCCUAGCCUCCUCGCCGGUGGGCCGCCGCCUCCGACUCCGCCGCCGUCCCAGCCCGGCAAGGCUGCAGAGGUAAGGCCCGUGGCGGCCCAUUUGAGGAGCCUGUCGGUGGAUGCGGAUUUCUUCGACGGGCUUGGGUUGGACGGCGGCCCGCCGCCGGUUGCGGUGGCAGCGGCGGCGUCUUCUGGACCGAGGCACAAGCGGAGCAGCUCCAUGGAUGAGAACUCCAGCGGUAAUUCGUACGAGGCGGAGUCCAGUGCGAAGAAGGCUAUGGCGGCUGAUAGACUUGCGGAGCUUGCUCUGAUUGACCCCAAGAGAGCCAAAAGGAUACUCGCAAACAGACAAUCGGCUGCACGCUCGAAAGAGAGAAAAACACGAUACACGAGCGAGCUCGAGCGGAAAGUUCAGACUCUGCAGAACGAAGCAACCACACUCUCGGCUCAAAUUACAGUGUUGCAGAGGGAUACUAAUGGCUUGACAUCCGAGAACAAGGAACUUAAGCUUAAGUUGCAGGCUAUGGAGCAGCAAGCACACCUUAGAGAUGCCCUAAACGAGGCAUUGAAGAACGAAGUACAGUGGCUCAAGAUUGCGGCUGGUCAAGCUCCCGGUGGUCCUAAUGGAAACGUGGGCUCAACUUCUCAAUUCUCUCCAUCAGCUAAUUUCUUUUCGAACCAACAUCAACAGCAGCAGUUUCAAAUGUCAAAUUCCAGCCCAAAUAACCCUAGGCCUAGUGGGCAGGCGCGGAAUAGUUCUCAGGAUUUUAAUCGGAGGUCUUAA